UAGUAUUGUGCUGUGUAUGAUCUGUUGUGCUGCUGUCAGAAACGUCAAAAUCCAUUCAAUCCAUUGACAAUUUGACACUCAACAUUUGCUGCAAUUGUUGCAUGCACAAUAUCCUGAAUUAUCCUAAUGAUAUAUCGUAUAGUUGAUAAAGUCUGUAAAAAAAUCUAGGUUAUUUGUUUUGCUAUUUAGUACUUUACAAGCGUAAAGAAAAAUGUCUAUUAUAUUGGAACCUGACGAGGUAGACGAUGGAUACUUUACUCCAGUCGCAAGUACUACUUUGGCAAGCAUUUUUAAAGAAGAUACUAGUAAUGACGCAGCAGUUAAUUCUUCUCUUAAAUACAAACCUCCUCAACUAAAGAAGACAGAAGAGAGUAGUAAGCCUGAUGAUGCUAGUACUUCACAAUGUGUGUUUUCUUGCUCCAUCAUUGCAUAUGAGUGGAUACAAGGAACCCACAAAUGUAAAGGGAAGGUUGGUUUUGCUAUGAUGAAAAUAGUAAAAAGUGGUUUGUGUAAAAUUAUACUUUACAGCCCGGAUAAAUCUACACUAUCCUGCACUACAAUCACACCACAGCUAGAUGUGACUAUGUCAUCAGGUGCCAUGAUAUCAUACUAUGAUGAUCAAAAAAAAUAUUGGGGGUUGUGUUUUAAUGACAAAAAUAUUGAAAGAGUCAAAGAACUAUUAGAAAAAGAAAAUGUUGCCAUAAAGCCUUACAUAAGUACUGAAAUUAAAACUGAGGUAAGAAUACAAGAGAGUGAUGUAGCCACUGAUGAGAUUGGAAAUAGCAGUAAAACAGAGGAUAGCACUGCCAUGCCUGCCAUAUCAGAGAUUGAUAAAGCCUCCAUUCUGAAUCGGAUUGCUAAUGUAGGCCAUGCAAUUUUACCAUCAUUACCAGGAAGUCCUGCAAAAAAAUCAACUUCAAUAGAAGUAACAAACACUUCUGACCUGCAUGGUUCAGCAGACCAAUCAAGAGCUUUACCAAAUGUCAGAAUAAGAAAAGAAUGUGAUAAUAUAUCAAUGCCAGAGAUUAAUGAAAGUAUUGCAGGACAGGCAGUUCUAAAUAAUAUUGAAACAAACAACAUGAAGGAAUGUGGUCAAACAACAGUAAGAAGUGUACCUUUAGUCAAUAAUCAAAUAUUUACUUAUGUGAAUGGAUAUAUGGUACCAUUGCAUAUGCAAGUUCCUGUCAUAGAUAAUAUUAAUGGUGCUGACACUUGUGCAGAAAUAGAACUCAUAAUACACAAACUUACUCAUCUAAAGAGUGUUGUAAAGACAAUGGAAAUAAAACAAUCACAAAACAUUGAAAAGUCCCAAAGUGACCAAGUUUUAAAAAAGAUAUCUGAUUUAGAAGAUUUGAUCAGCAAAAAGGAUGAAACUAUUAAGCACCUUGAAAAUAUGAAACAGGAACUAGCUGACCGUGUAAAUAACUUGACUGAACAAGUACAAAAAACAAAUUCAGAAAGACAUACAAAGAUUCUUGACAAUGAGGAGCAUAUGCUCAUAAACAGAAAGGUUAAAACUCUUAUGAACAAUACAUUCCAUUCACUUGCCAGCAAUUUUGACAAUGAAGUUAAUUAUACUGGGAACUAUGUUAAAGGAAUAUUAGCAGCUGUAAUAAAAAAAAAUACAAUGGACUCAUUAGUAAAUUUGUUUCCUAAUGAUGCCAAUGUUUCCAACAAAGGAGAUGAUUAAACUAAUUUAGAAAAUUGGCUUCAUACACAGUAAAUGUAGACUGAGAAUUAAGUCUGAACCACAACUAUAACCUGAUCAUAUUUCAUCAAUCAGACAUCACACAAUUUAUAAUAAUAUUUUAAAUAUGUUGUGACUUAUGCAUAAUUGGGAGUAUUAGGACUUUAAAUAAAUUUAAGGAACUGUGGGGCACAGUGCCUUUCAGACUUUCCUUGUCAUGUGGCAGAAAUACUCACACAUCGAAAAAUACUCAAGGUGGGCCAUAUUAUGACACAUGGAAUAAUGUGACCAAAUGUGAUAAAUGAUGCACUUCAUAUGAUUCAAAGAUAGGGAAGUGCAACAUGAAAUUAUGCAAUAACUUAUUCAAAGUUAACUCUAGGCUAAGAUAUAAUAUGUAUUAAAGCUUUUUAUUAAUUAUUUAGCCUAUGUAAGGUAAUAAGUUGGACACCUUAUGUUUUAUGUUUAGAUAUGAACCUACCAUUAAAAUGUAUACAAAUUUAUUGUUAAUUGUUUUAUAUAAAUGUUACUGUACAUACAAAUAAUACGAGGGCGGUUUGAAAAGUCAGUGACUUUAUGUAAAACAAAAAUAAUUUUAACAUAUAAACUUUUUAAUUACAAUUCUGAACUCCUUGGUAGCUGGCGGUUUUUUUUUAAAGGCGGGGCAAUAAAAAAGUGUAGGCAUAUCAUAAUAUAGAACGUAGUGAUUAUAUGCUCUUUGGAGGCAUAUGUCAAAUACGAUCGGAAAAUGGAGAAAAGCGAAUUUCGUGUGUUAAUUAAACAUUACUUUUUACGUGGAAAAAAUAUUAAAGAGACUGAAAACUGUUUAAAAAAAUAUUAUGGGGAAUCUGCUCCUCAUGGAAUGGUACAUAAGUGGUUUACAGAAUUUCGUUCUGGACGUACAGUCAGCGUCAAAUACUUUGUAGCAGUCAAAGUGGCCAAAAAGUUCGGUACACCAUACUAAAUAUAUGGUGUACCGAACUAUUUGGCUACUUUGGUUGCUACAAAUUAUUUGACGCUGACUGUACCACUACCAAUGACGCAGAACGCUCUGGAAGGCCGAUUGAAGUGACCACUGAUGAUGUCGUGAAUAAAGUUCAGGAUAUUGUUUUGCAUGACCGUCGAGUGAAGAUUCGUGAGAUAGCUGAGACUGUACACAUUUCAUCUGAACGAGUUAUCUUGCAUAACAUUUUCAAUAUGAAAAAGCUUUCCGCAAGAUGGGUGCCGCGUUUGCUGACAGCCGAUCAAAAACGACUUCGUGAAACAACUUCCGAGCAAUGCUUAGCCAAAUUCAAGCAUAAUCCUAAUGAAUUUUCACGUCGAUUUGUGACGGUAGAUGAAACGUGGAUCUACUAUAAUACGCCAGAGACGAAAAAUCAGUCAUAACAGUGGACUUCUGCUAACGAACAGGCCCCAAAGAAAGCGAAAACCGUUAAUUCUGCAGGAAAGGUAAUGGCCACUGUUUUUUGGGACAGCCAAGGGGUUAUUUAUAUAGAUUAUUUAGAUAAAGGUAAAACAAUAAAUGGCCCUUAUUAUUAUGUUGAAAAAACUGGAACAUCGUUGGAUGAAGUGUAUGGAGUUGAAAGGAGAAUAUGUAGAUAAAUAAAACUAAAAAAGGUGAAAUAGUUUUUGCAUAAAGUCACUGACUUAUAGGGAGCGUGCAUGAACUGUAGGAGGCAGCACAGGAGCCGUCAGAUUUUAGGCGCGAGGCGUAAAUGUGAUGUUUUUUCAGUUUUUUGUUCCGAUGUAGCCCACAAGAUGGCAGAACCUACUAUGCACAAGAAAACACGUGACGUGUACAUGUGCAUGUUUAUGGUUCCGAUUCAGACAACAAAAUGGCAGACCCUCCAACGCGCACGGUCCCUAUCAAACCACCCUCGUACAACUAUUGGUUAAAUAGACAUGUCUUGACUAUGCACGGACUUAUGUUUUAUGACAUUCUUGAUGUGUUGUCUAUGGUCCGCCGUCCUACUAUCAUAGGGACCGUGCGCGUUGGAGGGUCUGCCAUCUUGUGGUCUGAAUCGGAAACAUAAACAUGCACAUUUACACGUCACUAGGGAUUGCAAAUAUUCGAAACUUUCGGGUAUUCGACUUUUUCUGACGAGAUAUUCGAAUAAAAUUCGAAUAUUUUAAAGAAAUAAAAAAAUGACCGGGAAUUCGUUUUUUUUAUCGUUUUUUUUAUCGUUUAUUCAAAAACUAUUUGCAAAUAUUGCAAAAACUAAUGAUAUUUUGCAGAAAUCCACUUAAUUGACUAGCUUUAUCACCCUACUGCGAUGUCCACAUUUAUAAAAACGAGUCGAAACGCAAAAAUUUGCCGUAUCCAAUAUUUGUAGAUAAAACUUUUAGUAUAAAUGCAUCGUUGUGUGAAUGAAUACUAUUAUAACUACAUAUAAGCAUCCAAAAACGUAAGAGAAAAAAAUGUAGUAGGGUAUUAUUUUUGCGAUUAUAUAAUAUAUUAUAUUUAAUAUUUAUUUUUAGUCACUCAGUUGCCAAUAAAAAAGUCUUUCAUUCAA